AGGCUGGCCUUGAACUCUUGGGGAUCCACCUGCCUCAGCCUACUGAGUGCUGGGAUUACAGGUUCACAGCACCAUGACCAGCUUUUCUGGGGGGAGAGGAUCUUUCCAACAUUCUUGGUGGCCCACAAGAGGUUGGAGAAGCCAUGGCUAAGAGGACACUUUCCACCAUCACCCCUCUGGGAGGACCUCCACCAGCCCUGGGCAAUCCAGCAGAGGCUGAGAGGGAGGUAAUGAAAGGGCCCUUUGUGUCCCACACUGGAAAUCUCAUCCCCAAGAAGAAAGGUGAUGAUGGGAAGCCUUAAUAGCUAUGUGAUAGGGAGCUCCACUCCAGGCUAGGCCAACCUGCCAAGUAGAGAGGAAGCAUUCCUCACACUCCCGUUCACCUCAUGGCAGGGCUGCAGGGGUUGCCUGGGGUAUACUUGGGCCCUAAGGUCACAGAGCAGAUGGUCCCACAUAGAUCACAGAAUGUGGUGUAUCCUGGGACAGGCCCAGAGCCCAGAUGGUCUUAUACGGGUAGUAGUACCUUGUGAGGAUGCAGAGCCCUCAAUUUCCUGCCAUGAAGCCUGACUUCUGGCCAGAAAGGUUGAGGGGGGAAGGUACAGGAGACCCAGCAAGGGUAUGUAGAAGCCUGAGCCCUCUUCCUCCUCUUCCUUCUCCCUCAGGAGUAGCCUCUGUCUGCUGUAGCCCAGGACCUAGUUUUGGUUUUUUUACUCCCUCUCUAGUUCUUAUGGAUGUCACCAUGAUCUCAGUCAGACCUCUUUACUUCUUGGAGCCUCAGCUUCCACAUCUAUACAGUGGCUCUGAGGAGACUGGGUCUCUACCAGUGAUGGUGAGGUGAACCUUUUAGAGCUUUCAGUCAUACAAACAGCCUGCUGUGGUAUACAUGCCAUAGGUUCGCCACCACUAGUCUAUAGCAUCAUCAUUUCCCCCACCCCGGUUUGUAGGGCAUAAGUUGUGGACAGUUUAUUAGGAAUUUUUUUUCUGGAGCUGUGGAAGGUAGUGGGGUCCUGAAACCUAGCCUCUCCUUAGAAAAGUCAACUUCCUCUAUCCCCAACUUGGAAAACUUACCCUAAUGAUGGUGGGAGUUGCUCCAAGAUAUACCCCCAUCCUGCCCUGGGAGGGAAGAAUAGGGGUCUCAGAGAGGGGAUGCCCACUGCUGAGAGACGUAAACCUGAUUCACAGCCCAGGUCUCCCUAGGCUCCAGCCCCCCAGGCCCAAGGUCCUACCCUUGGGCAUGCAGCCUCUGGGAAUCUGGGCAGCACUUCAGGCAGCAGCUACUUGCAUCACUCUUAGCCCCCUCAUCAGUUCUCCACCAAGUGUCUGGGUUAAGGGAGAUAGUUCUAGGUUCUCUUCUUGGUCAUGAUGGGCACCCUGAGGGGACCUGGCCCUGACAUUGCCUCCCUCCCACCUUGGGUGGCCCUAGCUUUACUGGCAGGCAGGCAAGGGUUAAAAGGUGUGGGCCAGCCCAGUUCCUGACCAGGUAGGCUGGGCCAUUACCUUGUGGGAGGCGGCCAAGGCAUCUGCCACUGCUGCUGAGUGUCACUACCAGCCGAGCCAGGGCCUGGCCAAGACAACUACUGUUUUUUAGGUACCCGAGGCUACUCUGCAGUACUCUCUGGCAUUGCUCUCCUACUUUAGCCCAGCCCCACUAGGGGAGGGCAGACUGAUCCCGUGGAGGACCGACAGACCAGAAGGCCCCUGGGGUCACCAGUGGGAGGAGAUUGCUGAGAUCCCCUUCCAACCAUCUCUGCUUGGUAACGCGGCAGCCCUAGGCCCAAAGCAAGACCUCUGGCAGUGGCUCAUGGGCCUCUGAGGAGGCGUAAGUCCACCCAGCGUCCCACUUGCUGUGUUCCCACUCAAUGGGAAGGGAACCAAGGCCUUGUCUAGCCAUCAGCCACGGGCUCCCCACAGCAUCGAGAUGGAAGUCAAAGGUCAGCUGAUCAGCUCUCCUAUCGUCAAUGUCCCAGCUGCCCUGUUUGGAGAGGCUGCCCCCCAGGUGAAGUCAGAGCGUCUUCGGGGGCUACUUGACCGGCAGCGGGCUCUCCAGGAGGCACUGAGCCUGAAACUUCAGGAGCUCAGAAAAGUUUGUCUCCAGGAGGCGGAGCUUACUGGCCAGUUGCCCCCUGAGUGCCCACUGGAGCCUGGUGAACAUCCUCAGCUGAUCCGCCGCCGGCCCCCUGCAGCCCGUGCCUACCCUCCAGUGCAUCCUAACCCAGCACACCUCUCCUUGUGCCCUGCUGAGGAGCUGGCUCUUGAGGCCCUGGAGCGGGAGGUGUCAGUGCAGCAGCAGAUCGCUGCAGCUGCUCGUCGCUUGGCCUUGGCCCCUGAGCUGAGUGCUGAGCAGCGCCGGCGUCGGCGCCAGGUGCAGGCAGAUGCUCUUCGGAGGCUACAUGAGCUGGAGGAGCAGCUUGGAGAUGUCCGGGCCCGCCUUGGCCUCCCAGUGCUUCCACCCCAACCACUGCCACUGUCCUCAGGGGCACUCAUCACCACCCAGGGAGUCUGCCUAGGCACGCGCCUAACUCAACUCAGCCAAGAAGAUGUAGUCCUGCACUCGGAGAGCAGCUCCCUCUCAGAAUCCGGGGCCAGCCAUGACAAUGUUUUUUUCUUCCACUCAGAGGAGCCCCGUGGCUGCUUCUCUCUGGCCGAGCGCCCCUCACCACCCAAGGCGUGGGACCAGCUUCGGGCAGCAUCUGGGGGGAGCCCUGAGAGGCGAACCCCGUGGAAACCACCCCCGUCAGAUCUUUAUGGGGAUUUGAAGAGCAGGCGGAACUCUGUGGCCAGCCCUACCAGCCCCACCCGCUCACUGCCCAGGAGUGCCUCCAGUUUUGAGGGGCGAAGUGUGCCUGCCACCCCUGUCCUCACCCGGGGCACUGGCCCCCAGCUGUGCAAACCCGAAGGCCUCCAUUCUCGCCAGUGGUCCGGCAGUCAAGACUCCCAGAUGGGCUUCCCCCGGGGGGAACCUGCCUCUGAUCGUGCCUCCCUCUUCGCAGCUCGCACUCGCCGCAGCAACAGCUCUGAGGCCCUGCUGGUGGACCGGGCAGCUGGUGGGGGAGCUGGUUCCCCACCUGCCCCUCUGGCUCCCCCUGCCACUGGCCCCCCAGUCUGCAAAAGCAGUGAGGUGCUAUAUGAGCGCCCCCAACCACCCCCUUCCUUCUCCUCCCGCACAGCUGGCCCCCUAGACCCUCCCCGGGCCACCCGGCCUAGUUCAGCUGCCCCUGUCUCCCGUGGGGCCCCCAGGCUACCACCUGUGUGUGGAGACUUCCUCUUGGACUAUUCCUUGGACCGGGGCCUGCCCCGAAGUGGUGGCGGGGCAGGCUGGGGGGAACUGCUGCCUGCAGCUGAGGCCCCAGGACCCCUCUCCCGUCGGGAUGGGCUCCUCACCAUGCUCCCCGGCCCACCACCCAUGUAUUCAGCUGACAGCAGCAGCCCCCUCCUCCGCAGCAAGGACCCCCACACCCGUGCUACCCGUACUAAGCCCUGUGGCCUGUCCUCAGAAGCUGUUGAGGGCCUGGAGGUGCAUCCAAACCCUCUCCUGUGGAUGCCCCCACCCACCCGUAUACCCCCAGCUGGUGAGCGCAGCGGCCACAAGAACCUUGCCUUGGAGGGGCUGCGGGACUGGUACAUCCGGAACUCGGGACUGGCCAUGGGGCCCCAGCGCCGGCCUGUGCUGCCACAUGUGGGCCCACCACACCCGCCCUUACUCCAUGCCCGCUGCUAUGAGGUGGGCCCGGCGCUCUAUGGGGCCCCCAGCCAGGCAGCGCUCCCGCACUCAAGGAGUUUCACAGCACCCCCUGUCUCCAGCAGAUACUACGCGGAUUUCCUGUACCCCCCGGAGCUGAGCGCUCGCUUAAGUGACCUGACGCUAGAGGGGGAGCAGUCUUCCAGUUCUGACUCCCAAACCCCAGGGACACUGGUUUGACUCUUCCUGAUAUGCCCCUUGUUGGCCUGGGCAUGACUCCAGCCUGAGGAGCACACAGGCAAAUUUGCUGAGCUCUGGGAUGUGGUUGCUCUCAGUUCUGGGGGGUGCCAGCCUGAUCUUCCAAGGCCCCUGGCUCCCCAUGGGCCCAAGGUGUGAUACCCUGCUUCUCCUCUCAUACUGUGCUGGGGACUGGGGGCCUCAAUCAGCUUCAGAGAGGGGGUAAUGUCAUGGGGACUCUAAGCCCCUUCCUACAUUUCUGUUUACAGUUGUGAUUUAGUAUUCACUGUCUUCACCCAACACUAGGCGUUUUAUAAAAGGGAAACUGUGAGUUCGUCCUGGUUGGGUUCAUUCCUGUCCCCAUGCCCAGCCUGUCCCAUUUAGGAAGCUCCCCCAAAUAAAAUGGACCAUAUAGAGUCCCCGGGCCCUGUUUAGGGCCACCAGGAGACUCUGGUAUAAACAGAACUCCUGCCAUCUCCUACUAAGGGAGUUCUUGUGCAGGUGGGCUCUCUGCUCACCUUUGGAUGGAUUGAAGUGUGGAUGGGAUACCUGAAGGGCCCUGUCCUUGUCUGUACCCUCAGCCUGUGUGCCCACCAUCUCCAAUCAGGAGGCCACAGGAGUUUGAGAGCCAUCAGGUGUGUUACAUUCUGGGAUGCUGUGGUGGUUGAACCUGGCAUCUGGAUGAUGUCAGUAAAAUCCUCAGGUGACGUCUGGCCAUGGGUCACAGCCCACGUCACAUCUUCCUUGGCUUUCCUUACAUUCACCACUUUUUAAACAAAUUACACAAACUGUGUUUUCUAUGAUCGCUAUCUGUGACUUUCUGGAGCUGGGGGUUCCCCUACCCCAUUUACCUGGUGUUAAACUUUCUUUUUGUACCAAUGGAUCUGGGGCCAAGACACUACCCACACUGGAAGGGGAUUUCUAUAAUAAAUGUGUAAACUGAA